GUUGUCACCAUGUAGGUUGCAAGACUCUUACAAAGAGGACUAGCCAGCGAGGCUGAUUAAUGUAUAACUGCUGACAUUGAUUGUGCGGGGUAAGGCUGAUUUCAGGUUCCCAUCCCAUCACAUAGCCACAACGGAUUCGAGGUAGGAGGCAUCCUAAACCAUUCCUGACUGGCAUUUGUGUAUGCCAACUCAUCGUCAUCAAAAUCGGGCGAAUCAGACGGCGAGAAAAGCGACCGAGGGCACGGUCGAUUAUCUCCUAGGGAGUAGGGCUUUGGAACAUAAUCGAUUUACUGCGACAUGCGCUGCGAGAUACGCAAGAAGAAUAGCCGUUAGGAGCGUUGUUCCGAGACUAUAGAUCCACUACUAGAGCCGGAGAUGGAUUUAAUCCAACUGACAGUGCCACCAGAUCCUCCACAGCGGAUAGCUGGUACUGGUCACACGGCGUCUCGUCCGGAUGCUCAGCGCAGUCCUGCCGGAGAUCGCUAUCCACCGCCCCGUCGAGAUACUGGUCGAGUACCUGCCGACGGCACGAUGCCUGCAGAUAGUCCUGCACCCGUCCCUGCUCCGCGACGGGGAUCUCCCGUAUCCAUGCCGCCGGCGUGUCCUAUCCUAGUGGCUAAAUGACAAUCGCCCGGCUAGCCUGCCCAUCCCGUCCUGUACGCCCACUCUCCUGCGCGUAGUCCAGUAAUGUCCGCGGGAGCACUUCAUACACCCUCAUUCUAUCAAAAUUCUCAGCCUUCCAUGCCAAUUUCGUUGUGUUGAGCGCCGUAUACCCCAUUACUAAUGUCACAUCGCAUUCCUUCUGCAGCCUUACCAUUCAAUGAUGUAGGCCCUAGCUGGGACCUAAAUCACCCAACUCGGACCAUAAUAUGAUUAGUCGAGGCGUCGAUUAUGUGCCAUGCUCUGAAACACUGUAGCCCUGGGCUAUUCUACAAAUCGCAAAGCGCUGCUUUUGAAAGAACAUUCGGCAAGUUUUUUAGCCACUACGGACGAGAAUGAUGCACAAGACGGAAGGAGGACGCGUAGCUAUCUCUUAGGAAGCUAUAUAUAUAUAGCUAACAAUUGAAG